GCCCGCUGCUACACUGCCACACGCUCCGAGUGCCGGCGGGUUCGCCGUUUUGUGCCUGGCACGGAGCUGGCUGGGGAAAGUGUGGACGUGACCACCCUCCAGCGCUCAGGCUCCUUCCCAGUGAACACACAGCGCUUCGCUCGGCCUGACGGCACCUGCACCCUGUGCCACAGCGCCCAGCGUCCGGGCACCCUCUGGCUCCUACCCCUAGCGUUCACUGACUGGCGCGCCCAGAGCUCCAGCUGCCAACACCAGGUGAUCAAGACCAAUGCCAUGUCCACAGAGGCCGUGGCCAGGGAAGUGGCCAAGAGCAUCACCAACAACUGGACGGUGGGGCUGGACGUGCUGAUCCCCAAGAUAUACAGCAAAGUGAAGGUGUCAGUGGCUGGCUCGCAUUCCAAGGCGGCCAACUUCGCAGCAGAUAAGUCACAUCAGGACCAGUACAGCUUCAGCAGGGACUUGGUGGAGUGUCACUUCUACAG